AUGUCGCGCAAUUUCAGUUUCUCUGUGCAGCCUAUCGGCCGAGGCUAUGAUACUUUUCAGAAGCAGGAUGACUCGGGCGACGAGCACCUCGACAGUCUCCUCAAGGCAAUCAUUGCUCACGAGAAGGAGGAGGGAAAGAAGAUUGAUGCCACGAUCGUGACGUGGAGGGGGAUGAUGACCAAGUCCAGCAGCAGGCCACGGACAGGUCCACCGCUCGAGGUGAUGCAGUUCUGGGGCUACAAAUUCGAGACCAUCUCAACGCUACCUACUCCGUGGGGUGAAACCUCUCGAGACUACAUCGAGGAUCGGGAGAACCAUAUUGUCAGCAACAAGGAGCAAUACUGCUCGGUCGUCCGUACAGGCUCCCACGAUGCCGAAGUCUUUCACAGGAAGCUCAUGAAGUUCUGGAUCCAAUCUUUCCUCCUCGGCGUCCCCAAGAUCAUCGUCGGCUUCCGUAGCCGCGAGGGCAUCCUGCGCGGUCUUGAGGAGAUUGACACGCAGAGGAUCCCUCAGACGGUGAAUUCGAGGCCGAAUCCCUCAUGGAAUGCCGACAUGUGCGUCAACUUUGCCGGUGUUUUCCUCGAAUGGCUCUCAAAGACAAUCAACGACGAAGGCGUAUGGCGUAUCCGUCGUCUCCCUCAGUCGCCAACAAUCGACGUGUUCAAGGUGGAAGAGACGGGCCACGGAGACAUCCUGUCGGAUGAGUUCAAGAAUUGGAGGAUCAAACUGUCUCUACAGUAA